CAUUCCAAAUGCUUUAGCACACGUUAUCGCGUUUUGUAGUGCAAUACACACUUUAUCGUAGCGGUGACAAAAUAUUACAUACUCCGUAUUGUAGUUUUUUCAAAGUGCAAAUUUCACAAUUGGCCUAAAAUCAAUAUGAUUUUGGCACUUUUGUUUUUCGUAGUUUCGUUAAAGGUUUAUAAGAAAACAACUCCGAAUGGAAAAGUCACAGUAUACCUUGGAAAACGUGACUUCAUCGAUCACUGCGAUGGAAACGUCGACCCUGUCGAAGGAGUCGUUCACGUAGAAAAAGAUUACCUCAAAGGACGAAAAAUCUACGGCCAAUUAAUCACAACGUACAGAUAUGGACGAGAAGAGGACGAAGUUAUGGGUGUGAAAUUCAGCAAAGUAUUACCCCUACAAGUAGCACAAAUCGUACCACCGGAACAGGAGAAAACGCAAAUUACAAAAUUACAACAACGUCUGCUCGAUAAACUGGGUGGUUCAGCGUACCCAUUUUUAUUCAAAUUCCCAUCGAAUGCGCCAUCUUCGGUGGUUAUUCAAAGCGGAGAAGCGAAUGAUAAAUCCAAACCGCUCGGAGUCGAAUACAGAGUACGCACAUAUGUUGGAGACAGUCUCGAUGAUCCAGGCCAUAAAAGAUCUACCGUCUCAUUGGCGAUAAAAAAACAACAAUUCGCACCUAUUGUCCGUUUAGAUCGAUUACCGAGUGCCCUGGCUUCGAAAAGUUUCACCUUUUCGCAGGGUAGAGUGACCAUGGAAAUAACAUUGAGCAAAGAAGUCUACUAUCACGGAGAAAGUGUCUCAGCUUCGUUAGUGGUCACCAAUAACUCGCGAAAAACCGUCAAGAAUUUAAAAUUAUACGUUAUGCAACACGUCGAAAUGACCAUGGUCAGUAUGCAAUUGGUCAACAUUGUGGCUAGUUUGGAAACUCGCGAAGGCUGCCCGAUUACUCCAGGACACUCCUUCUCCAAAGAAUUUCUUUUGACACCGCUGGCUUCCAGUAAUGUCGACAAAAGAGGUAUCGCAUUGGAUGGUUACUUGAAGGACGACGACGUUAACUUGGCAUCAUCUACGAUAAAUUCGGUAGGCAAGGGAGCUCCUGACUCGAUGGGUGUCAUAGUUGGUUACACUGUUAGAGGAAAAUUAGGAUUCGGAACAUUGGGAGGUGAAUUGGUAGCUGACGUGCCUUUGAAAUUAGUACACCGUGAAUUAACUGCUCCUUCCAAAGCACCGAAAGACAACAAAGCAGCCAAAACAGGCCUUCAACGUGUACGAAGCAUAGAACGAGCACACUACGAGGAUACUUUCUACGCACCAGACGAAGAAGAGAAUAUUGAAUUCGAAGAUUUCGCUAGGACCAGAAUGAGUGAAGCCGAAGAAUAAUACAAAAUUCAAAUCGAUAAAAAAAAAAUCAAACAAAAGUCUUUUUGUGAUAUGCAACCGCUUCGAUGUACCCUUUUGAUACAUUUUGCGGUUCUAUAGUACCUACAUAAUUUUACCCGCAAGCUGAAAAUCAUGAAUAAUGAAAUAGAAAUUUCAUCAAAUUUUACUCAUGUACCUUCCUGAUAUAAUAAUGAAUAUGAAACCUGAUAAUAGUUGGCAACCUCAUAAUAGGAGUCUACUCGAUUAUUUAAAUGUAUUUUUGGAGUCGAUAAAAUUAAGGUAAACUGCCCUAUUAUGAGACCCCUUAGCUAAAUCGUCUAUUUCUCAGGACCUACUGCAUAUUUUCAAGUUCUGAUUGCACUAAAACGUACUCAAAACUCCAAUGUACAAUCCCCUUGUGUUGAUUUAAAAAACAAAAAAAAAUUUAUAUGAUUUUUUUUUCAAUCAAAAAAAAAUGAAAUUUUGACCAAAAAAAAAAAGUGGUCCUAAUAUGAGACCCUAUGUUGUUUUUUUUUUAAUAUAGGAAAAAAAUGGAAAUAGGACGGGAAAACAUUAUAUUUUGGUUAAUAAACAAUACAAAUUGUUUUUAUCGGGUAUAUAUGCCAUUUUUAUCAGUUUUUGUGUUCAUUGAGCACAUAAAGUCUAAAUCUUCAGCUGUACAUAGUUCACAGGCCCAUUAUUCAAAUUUCAUCCAAUUUUAAUAUUUUGAAAUGAUUUUAUUGCGUUUUGAAGUGUUUUAUGGCCAUUUUCAACCUGUUCCAAAAAAGUUCAAUGUAAUUUGUAUUAUGAGACAGGGUCUCAUAUUAGGCAACUCCUAGGGUCUCAUAUUAGGAAAUCAGUGUUUUUUUUUUGAUUUCCUCUAAAUCCAUAAAAUCAUAAAAUAAAUCACCAAACAUGCCAGAAUCAUAAAAUAUAACAUCUAUGCUACAUAUUUAUGCAAAGAAAGUGAAAUUACGUUGCUUAGUUCAGCUGUAAUACUCAUCCAAAAACACCUCUUCAAAACAUUGGCGAUGUCAAAAACACGUUUUCAGGGAUAAAAAAAAAACAAUGCACAGAAACUCUCCAGUUUGAAGGUGCGGCCUGGUUAUUGACAAAUACCUACUAGUACAUGCAAUCAGCGCUAAAGUUCGUUAAUAAACAGCUGAGAAAUUCGAAGGUCUCAUAUUAGGCAGGGUCUCAUAAUAGGGCAGUUUACCCCUACAUCCAUGUAUUCUGCAUUUUGUAAAUAUGUAUUAUAGGAAAUUCGAUUACAUGUAUUAUGUAAACCAAUAAUAUAAUUAAGUAUUAUUUACGAUUUACCAUAAUGCAAACGAUUCGGUCAACUUGGAAUUUAAAAUUGAAUAUUCCAUGCACGUUUAAUUUAUAAACAUUCUAUCAUUUUAGGUUAAUUUUUUAUGUAUUACUUAUAUCAUUCUUAUGAAAUGGUUCAAUUUUAAAUGCUAAGUUGUCCUCCUUGCAUUAAGUACCGUUGAAAUUGAACAUCGAUCGAAUUUUUAUAUCGUCAAGUCCUUUUACAAUGAACGAACAUCACUAUAAUGCGCGUGGAAAAAAUAAAAGCGAAAAAAAAAUAUACUGAAA